UCUCCUCCACACACUGACAGUCUCAAUCUCAAUACAUAUUUUAUUCAACUUUUGUUUUAUAGGAUCAAAUUCUCUUAUAAUUUUCUUAUAUUUAAUACUACAUAUUCUCACUUGAUUCUUUAUUCUGUCCAUUGAGUCCAGAAUAAGCUUGAAAGCACAAAUAAAAUAAAGGUUAAACUAUAACCAGUCUAUCUUCAGAAACUCCACCCUCUUACAAAAACUACAAGGAAGUGACUAGUCAUUAUUUCUAGCUUUCAUUUUUGCUGAAAGCUGAAACGAGUCAGUGUUGUGAAGAACAGAGGAGGACAAAUUAUAUCAGGAUUUUUGUAUAUUUCUGAAUUAACCCAGAUUAGAUUUUGAUUGUAAUGGUUAUUUACUUUUCAAACCAAAGUUCAGAAAGUGAAAGUAAAUUGUAGAUCACUGGAUCUUUUACAAGACGAGGAAAUGGAUUCAAAAUCUGUGGAAGAGCUUUCUUGUCCUGUUUGCUGUGAAAUCUUCAAGGUUCCUGUUCUUCUGUCCUGUAGUCACAGUAUUUGUAAAGAGUGUCUACAACAGUUCUGGAAAACUAAGAAAUCUCAGGAGUGUCCUGUCUGCAGGAAAAGAGCUUUAAGACAAAAACCUAUAGUUAAUCUAGCAUUAAAAAACUUGUGUGAUUCAUUGAUAAAGGAGGGAAAUGAGGAGAUCUGCAGCUCACACAGUGAGAAACUCAAACUCUUCUGUCUGGAGGACAAACAGCCUGUGUGUUUAGUGUGCAGAGACUCAGAGAAACACGCCAAUCACACAUUCAGACCCAUCAGUGAAGUGCUUUCAUCUUACAAGGAGGAAUUUAAUACAGCACUGACAUCCUUACAAACCAAGCUCAAACAUGGAGAACAAAUGAAAGAGAAGUAUGAUGGAAUAAUUGAACACAUCGAGUCUCAAGCUGAGCAAACAGAGCGUCAGAUUCAAGAAGAGUUUGAGAAGCUUCAUCAGUUUCUCAGAGAUGAAGAAGAAGCUACAAUCACUGCACUGAGGGAGGAAGAGGAGCAGAAGAAGCAGAAGAUGAAGGAGACGCUGGAGGAGAUGAACAGACACAUCUCAUCUCUUUCACACACAAUCAAAGACAUGGAGGAGAUGAUGAAAGCCAAUGACGUCUCGUUUCUAAAGAACUUUAACGUCACAAUGGAAAGAGUCCAGAUCUCACAGCCGGAUCCAGAGAUGAGUUCUGGAGCUUUGAUUCAUGUGUCACAUUACCUGGGUAACCUGUCAUUCAGAGUCUGGAAGAAGAUGUUGGAAACUGUCCAACACACUCCGUUGACUCUAGAUCCAAACACAGCACAUCCUUGUCUCAAACUCUCUACUGAUCUGACCAGUGUGUCGUACAAUUUUGAAGUUAAAAACUGUCCUGAUAAUCCAGAGAGGUUUAACAAGUAUCCGUGUGUCCUGAGUUCUGAGGGCUUUAACUCAGGAACACACUGCUGGGAUGUGGAGGUUGGUGACAAUACAUGCUGGAUUCUUGGAAUAACCACAGCAUCAAACCAAAGGAAGGGAGACGUUUUCUCUAAUUCUAAUGUCUGGUGUGUGUGGUACAUGAAUAGCAAAUACUGCUCACAAUCCCCAGAGCAACCCUGGACUUACUUUACUGUUGAAGAGAAGCUUCAGCGUGUGAGAGUUCAGCUGGACUAUGACGGAGGAACAGUGUCAUUCUCUAAUCCUGUGACCAAAAACUGUCUGCGCACAUUCAGGACAUCCUUCACUGAGACCGUCUUUCCAUUCUUAUAUAAUUACUGCUCAACUUCCCCUCUGAGGAUUUUACCAGUUAAAGUGUUUUUAACAGCAGAAAAUCACAGUUAAAUAUGAGUGAGUGAAGCUGCAGCACCGGAUUCUGCAGUCAGGUGCAGCUGCUCCAGAGAUUAGGCUUGUUUGACUUCAUGCAGCGCUGCGCAGAGAGAUCGACGGCUGACUUGAAGCAGUGCAUGCUGGUUAGAAAUUUUGUCUGACCUGAGACAGCACCGAUGUCAUGUGACUGUGACGUAUGGCAUCAAAGUACCACGAGAGAGAUUCGAGAGCAGUUGACUGAGUCAGCCAGUGGAGUUUCUCAAGAGCGUCUGCACAAGCUCUGAUGACGACACAGCUGUUACACGAUUGGCUGGAUUCACCGCAUGACAACGAUCACAUGUGUUUCAUGUUUAUUGUCACACCUUCAGUUCCACUAAUGCUCACAUAUCUGUAUUUUUAUAACAGUUAAAGCUCUUUUCAUGUAGUCAUGAUGUUACAUUGUUUCUUGUUUAUCAAAAUAAAACUGAUAAAAAUGUAGACCCCACUUUGGUAUUUAAAUAAUAUAAUUAAUAUAACUUUAUUCUUGUACAAACAGACACUGUAAGCAGUAUAUAAAGUUUUGAAUGAAAAUGUCUUAGAAACAUCUGUAUUUUUGACAAAUAUUCCAUUUAUUUCACUUAUUUCGGCUGUGAUAAAGUAUGCAAACGUAACACAAGCAUCACUAUGGGAAGCAAAACAGUGUCUGACUUCAAGUCUCCAUUUUCAGCUCCUCUCCGACAAUCAUUCUGUCUCAAGUCUGACAACAUUUAUAACCAGCAUGCACUGCUUCAAGUCAGCCAACAAUCAGUCUGCACAGCACUGCAUGAAGUUGAACAAGCAUAUUGUGUUAUUAUUGGGAGAUGAGAGGGUCUGUAUCUCUUACCAUUAGAAAAAGCGUAACAGCUAACUUGGAUCAUGUGAGGCACCUCAGCCUAUCAUGUGGCAGUGACAUCAGUGUCAAAGUUUUAUGACAGUCGGUUACAGUUCAUGUAAUCAGUUUCUUGUGGAUUAGUGCAUUAAUCUUGUGAAUAAAUGUUUAUAUUUGGUGUUUUAUCGCUAGCACAUGAACGGUAGGAUUGCAUUGUUUGCUUUACUGUGGAAAAAAGGCGCAAAUAUCUCUAUUAGCUGCAGUUUACUUUCACUCAUUAAAAAGCGUUAUUUCAUCAUCAUUAGACUCACAGUAGUCUGAAAUGUGUCUAGUAUCUGUCUGAUUUUCAAAUCCACAUUGAAUUUUGCUACAUUGGUCAUGUGAUAUUUACUUAAAAUACAAUUGUGAGUGUAAAUGCAAUUAAGUAACAUUUAAAUGAUCGUUUUGCUACAAUUUUUGCUUGACCAUGUUAAACAUAUCUAAUCAUUUCUGUAAUACAAUUUCAUUUUAAUUUUGCAACAUAAAAUAUUAAAAUAUCUGUUUAAAUUAUAUGGUUAUGAAAUGGCAAAUGUAAAUUCAAUUAGGCCAACUGAAAAAAUUAGAUGUGAUCAAUCAUUAGAAAAUGUUGAGUUGUGGUCUGAAUUUUUUUUUUUUUUUUUUUUUUUUUUUUACAGUGUAUAAUUAUAUAAUAUUGAAGGGGUUGUAUUCUGAAUCCACUGCCGCUUCAAUAUCUUUUGAGUGCCACACACAUUUUGGCCUGUCUUGUUUGCUCUGCAAGGGUAAAUAAAGAACUGGUUGUUUGAAUAAA